AUGGCGGUGGUCAUGAAGCCUGUCUUUCAGACAUUCACCUUGAAUGAAAACAACCCUGGGGUAUCUUACACAACCUUAGGGCACGUCCAGGCUGUCACACUUCUGCAGAAAGAACAGCGAAUGGAAAACUAUGGUGAGAAAUACAGGAAAACAACUAUUUGAUGGUGAUAUCAUAUAACCUCUGUGCACAUUUCGCAAAGAGAAAUUUAUUUACGUUUUAAAAAUGACCACACCACCAUUUAAUAUAAUAAAUUUCUCUUAAGUGGUUUGCGUAAAUGAAAUAAAAGCACAAUGAUAUCAUUUCAUGCAGCUUCCUAAAAGCUAGAUAAAAAUACAGCAAAACAGUAUAGCACAGAUAAAACUGAGGUGUCCAAAAGGAAGUGUUAACUAUUAAGAGUCAAAAUCCAGGAAAGAUGAACAAACACAUAGGGUCCUUUCCAAGGCAGUGGUAAGUUAAAGUCACUUAGUGUGAUCAAGUUACUCCAGUGGAAUAUUGUUGUGCGAGAGGAUGCACAAGCAGGUUGCGUUUGUUUCACAAUGGCGUUGUGCAACACAGCGGAAGCUGUGUUGGAUUCCUGUGUUGUGCAACAUGAAAACUAACCCGGCUUUUAGCACAAAAGCCCUGGUGGUAGCAAGCAGAGAACUCUGAAUAAGCUCCAUACAUUUUAAAGAGGUGAGACUCUUGAGAGUCCCAUGGACUGCAAGAAGAUCAAACCUAUCCAUUCUUAAGGAAAUCAGCCCUGAGUGCUCACUGGAAGGACAGAUCCUGAAGCUGAGGAUCCAAUACUUUGGCCACCUCAUGAGAAGAAAAGACUCCCUGGAAAAGACCCUGCUGUUGGGAAAGAUUGAGGGCACAAGGAGAAGGGGAUGACAGAGGAUGAGAUGGUUGGACAGUGUUCUCGAAGCUACGAAUGUGAGUUUGACCAAACUGUGGGAGGCAGUGGAAGACAGGAGGGCCUGGCGUGCUCUGGUCCAUGGGGUCAUGAAGAGUCGGACAAGACUAAACAACAACAACAAUUUUAAAGAGGUGUUUCCAGGUCAUUACUCCACCACUGAGAUGGUUCCCUUCUGCAUUGUCCCCAAGUGACAAUCUGCUGGUUUUGGAAUGGCCAUCUCUGCAGGAGAUCUUUAAAUCUGGCUUGGUUUCUGUACUGGGGAGGUGGUCUGCCAAUCAGGACGUUUGCUCAAGAUAAACCUCAUCUGGAAGGGACCCCAGUUUCCCAAGGAAGAACUUGCUGCACUUGACAACAACAGAAGCAGAAAGAACUGGAUGAAUGUAAAUAAAGAGAGUCAGACCAAAAGAGAGGGAUUCUCCUGGGAGCUUAACAUAGGCAGCAUCUUUUGUAUGUAAAAGAUGUUUCAAAACAAGCAGGACCAAGUAAGCAAGUGAAACUGGCAUUAAUAUUUGUUGACAUUAUUAUUUUUCAGCGGGGUCAGUGCUGAGCAAAUGGAACAUCUUACUAGGAAGUCUCAGUGGCUGUCAAAGAGGGCUUUCCCAACAGCCAAAGUUAACAACCUGUUUAAGGGGGUCACUAAAUUAUGGGUGGUUAGCUGUCCAAACAGACAUCCAUAAUCCCUAAUGACUGGCUAUGUUGGCUAGGGCUGAUGGGAGUUAGAAUCCAAAACAUCCGUAGAACAUCUGAUUGGUUUCUCUUGCAAAUAAGCUGUCAUUAGCGGACAUGGUGAUAUGUUGUCGGUUUUGCAUUCGGAAUAAAAAGUUUAAGAUAAGAGAGAAUCCCAUGCCUCCCUUUGAAGAGAGAAAAGAGGAUACAGCGUUCUGGUUUCCAUCCCCUGCCUCCACCAAGCCUCACAUCCAUUGAUACGUUUCCCAGCUGGGCUAUAUGCAUCGGGCAGAUGUCAGCUCCCAGACACACAUCAAUCUGAAAACACAGUUCCCACCCCCGUGCCUCCAGGAUUUCAAGAUGAUAAAGGGUCUGGAAGCCAAGCGUGAUGAGGAGCAGUUGAGCAAGUUGGGUAUGUUCAGGCUGGAUAAGAUGAGAGGAGAUAGGAUAGUCAUCUUCAAAUAUCUAAUGGGCCGUUCCAUGGAAGAUGCAGCAAACUUGUUUUCUCCUGCUCCAGAGGGUAGGACCUGAACCAAUGGAUUUAAAUGUCAAGAAAAGAGAUUCUGACUGAACCUUAGGAAGAACUUUCUGAUGGUAAGAGACAGUGGAACAGAUUCCCUCGGAAGGUGGUGGACUCUCCUUCCUUGGAGGUUUUUAAGCAGAGGUUGGAUAGUCAUCUACCAUGAAUGCUUUAGGUGAGAUUUUUGCAUUUCAGAGGGUUGGACUAGAUGACCCUAUGGGUCCCUUCCAACUCUACAGAUUCUAUCUGGGAGUAUUAUCUGGGUGACAAUACCAAACGGCAGUCUCAUCCUGCCUGCCUGAUUCCAGAUCUCUUUAGCUAUACCUCCGUGACUAUGAGCCAAAGGGGGCUUAGAUAUGAAACAUUUUGAAAACUCUGAAAUCAGGAAUGCAAAGAGGUCUCUGCAAAAAAAAAAAAAAGCAAAAGCAAAAAGGGCUUUGAUCUGACACUGAGCACAAUUAAUUUCCCUCUUCCAUCUUCCCCCAAGUUCAGAGCAAUUUAAAAGGCAUUAUUUUUUCCCAGUGUCUGUAAAAUGGGCCCCAUUUGUCUGAGCUUUGGGGAACUUGACAGGUUUGAAGUGCUGUGAGAAAAAUGCAUGCAAAUUUCAUGCCAUUCAGACUGAAAAUACUGAAGUGUGCCUUCCAUUAAAUCUAAUGGAAAGUUCAUUAGAGGUUACCCCUUAUAUAAAUGCCUCUCAAAAUGGACACCCUUUGUCCAAUCUCUCUGACGUUUGGCAGAUAUGAUGCCCCGAGGGAGUAGUGCAAUCUCUGCAAGUAUCAUGCCAAUCAGUUUUUAAACUCUGAAGUUUUAGGUAGGAGAAAAUAGACCCAGCUAUAGGUCUAUUUGCAUCUUUCUUUGACUAGAUCCUGUGUUCUCAUGAACAUCAAACAACUCUUCAUACAGGUACCUGUAAGUGCUAUGCAGGACUUUAUACACCUGCAGGAUAACAGCUCCAGAAUUAACUCUGGGGCUAGUUUUCCUUUCAUUCACUGCAUGGGAGGAGAUAGGCCAAGAGGCGGGUAUGAAUCAGGCUGAUGAAGAGUCACAGGUGUCUCUCCCUCCUGCUGUGAAAAGUUCCCCUCCCCAAUUGUGUCUCAGAACCAGAAAAGGCAUGAAAAGAGUGGAGGAGAGGUUGGCUUCAUGCAGGUGUAGUCUCCGAUUGCUUGGGGAAAACCCUGGAGAGGCAGGAACUGUGGGGAGGUGGGGACUUUCAGACUCAGCAACUGAUCCAUGGGGCAAGACUUACUGAGGAUGAGCUGUUGUGCUCAUUAGGCUAAACACUCCAUCAAGUCUGUGCAAAUUGUGUUUUUGCUAACGGUUAACUCCAGCUUGAAAGGUGUGGUUGCUGCUGGCUUGCUCCUGUCAGCGGCAGUGGUUCUAGGAUGUGCCUGUAGCUCAGUGGCAGAGCGCCUGUUUCGUAUGCUGAAGGUCACAGGUUCGAUCCCCAAUGGCAUCUCCAGAAAUGGCUGGGAAAGAGACUGAGUCAGUAUAGACAAUAUUGAGAUAUACGGGCCAAUUGUCUGAUUCAGUGUAAGGCAGCUUCCUAUUUUCCUACAGUGACUGACAGUGGCUCUCCAUGAUUUCAGGCAGGGGGCCUUCCCAGCCCUACUUGCGGAUGCCAUUGGGGAUUGAACCCGAGACCUUCUGCACACACAGCAGAUGCUCUGCCGCUGAGCUACAACCCUUCCCCGAACACAGCAGGACAUGGCUCUCCAUGAUGCUUAGGCGCCCACAGCCCCAUCUCUGUAUCCCGGCCAGAGAAGGAGGAGCCAUCCUUUCUGACCAUGGUGUGACUCACGCUGCCACCUCUUCCAAAGCAGAAAAUUAGCCACAGGCUGGUUUUGGAUCGGGUGUGUCAAAACCUGGGACCUUCUGGCACACGGCACUCCUCAAGUAAUCAGAUUUCAUUUCGCUAAUAAUCUUUGCGCCCCUCACAUGCAACAACAGCCUGGGCGCCUUCCAUAGCCGAGCAAAGCAGCCUUAAUUCAAUUUUGCUCGGGAAGAAAUGUUCUCUUUGCAGGGCCAAGAGCUCGUCAUGCGCACUUCCGCAUGACAGAACUGUUUAUGUUCAGGUUGCAGCCCCAUUGGCGCAACCUAUUAUUUCAUGUGGAGCAAGAGAGAGAGAGAAGAAGAAGCAAGAUGAAUAUACCAGCCAAAUGGGUAGGAAACAAGCCUGCCACAGCUGGCUUCUGUGGCUCUGGCCUUAACAUGGAUUUAAAAUACAGGAAGCUGCAGGUGGGGCAUUUCAGGAUCUGGAGAUGAGAAGCAUCCAGGACAGUUGCAGAACCUUUUCCAGUUUGAGGGCCACAUUCCUUUCUUGACAGCCUUCUGAGGGCCACCAACUGGUGAUGGGUGGGACCAGAGGCAAAAGAUGGACAGUGUAACAAACACUGCCUUUUUGUCGAAAGGUAACAUUUUACCAAAACACAGCCAUCCUUUUUGAAAUCCACACUUCUUGACUUUUGCAAUACACUCCUCCAGCCAAAUAAUGUGUACAGUGGUACCUCGGGUUACAUAUGCUUCAGGUUACGUAUGCUUCAGGUUACAGACUCCGCUAACCCAGAAAUGGUGCUUCAGGUUAAGAACUUUGCUUCAGGAUGGGAACAGAAAUUGUGCUCCGGCGGCGCAGCAGCAGCAGAAGGCCCCAUUAGCUAAAGUGGUGCUUCAGGUUAAGAACAGUUUCAGGUUAAGAACGGAUCUCCAGAACGAAUUAAGUACUUAACCCGAGGUACCACUGUAUAAAAAUGCAAAUGCCAGAGUGAUGUGUGCCUAAAAGGUAAAGGUAAAGGUACCCCUGCCCGUACGGGCCAGUCGUGUCUGACUCUGGGGUUGCGCGCCCAUCUCGCUUAAGAGGCCGGGGGCCAGCGCUGUCCGAAGACACUUCUGGGUCACGUGCCCAGUGUGACAAGCUGCAUCUGGCGAGCCAGCGCAGCACACGGAAACGCCGUUUACCUUCCCGCUAGUAAGCGGUCCCUAUUUAUCUACUUGCACCCGGGGGUGCUUUCGAACUGCUAGGUUGGCAGGCGCUGGGACCAAGCAACAGGAGCUCACCCCGUUGCAGGGGUUCGAACCGCCGACCUGACGAUCGGCAAGUCCUAGGCGCUGAGGUUUUACCCACAAGCGCCACCCGCGUCCCGACGUGUGCCUAAUAAUGAAAAAAAUAAUAAGCAUACAAACAUAUUAGGGGAAAGUGCUUUGCAAAAAUGUGUUUAUCAGUAAAAAUUGCAUACCAAUAUAUGGGUAUUAAAGGAAAAAAUCACAGUUCUGAAAAACUUUCACAAAGACUUAAAAAGAAAACAACUCCAAACGUAUCUGGAAAUGUGGAGAACUGAACUUAAGAAGAGAAUUGUGGGCCACAUUCACACCAAACAGUGAAUGCACAUUCAUCCCCAAAGAAUCCUGGAAGCUAUAGUUUGUAAGUGCUCUCUGAUGGUGUUCCCCAUGUGCCUUAAAUGUGCUUUAAAUGUCUGGUGUGGGUGUGACCUGAGACAGAAACUGAAAUUGACAGAUCCGCCCAUUCUUUAGUGGAAUUCAAAAUGUUUGAGACGCAGAGCCUGAGCAGAACACAUCUGCCUUUGCUAUUGCUUAGAGGCACUUUUUAGUUAGACAGUUGUAUAAAAUACAUUUGUCUUCUUGUAAUUUCCUGUGCAUGGGCCAGUAAACAAACUGCUCUCCGGCAACAAGAGUCCACUGUAAUGCAAAGAAGGCAAAAACAAUCUCCCCCCGCCACCUUUUAUGUUAUUGCAGUAACCUUUAGUGAUCUCAUCUGUUUUUGUUCUUUUACUGUGCAAACAUAAAUCGAACCCGGUGCAAUCAGAGGCCGGUUAUUUAUUUCAAUGACAACUUUGCAAACAUUUCUCUCUCUUUCCCUUGGCCCCAUCGCACAGCAGAGCUGGGAAGGCCCUAGACAGGGGUAGCCCUGAAUCCUACAAGCCUUCCCAACUCCUGUUUUUCCAAACUCCUGGAAAAUCUGGGGGUGUUAGGGGAGGGGUAGUACCUCUGGUGGGGGACACGUCAUGCUCUUUCUGGGGUAGUUUGUCUACCUUUGGUCUUCACCCAGCACUCAGCUCUCACCUGUGGCUCCUAGAAGCUGGUAAAACAACAGCAAACAAACCUGUGGUCACGUAAAGCAUCCUCAAUAAACACACGAGACCUAACAAGCUGUGUUCUUAAAUAAAUAAGGUAUACUAUCAUUGUAUCAAAUGGAAUGGACACCAUUACAUGGAUGGACCUUAUGCAUGAACUGACUAGAGAAUGAUCUGAUCCACUGGAUUUUCUGCUUUGUUCGUUUGUUGAACUUUAUGAGCUACUUCUGUUGAAAUUUGAUACAAUGAAUAGUACAGUGGUACCUCGGGUUACAUACGCUUCAGCUUCAGGUUACAUAUGCUUCAGGUUACAGACUCCGCUAACCCAGAAAUAGUACUGUAAUGAGUAUGGGUUGCUCGUGCGUAAGUUGCCGCCUCUCCUGGCUUUGUUGCCUUGUUAAACCUUUCAGUCUGGGCAGCCCUUCACUUCGUGGCUGCCUCAGUCGCUAGCAGAAUCCGUCAGUGGGCGUUUCUUAAAUCUUUUCCAACAUAAAAGUUGUUUGACACCCAGUCUCCUCCUACUCUCUCUGCGCGGAAGUCUUCUGCGCAGGGAGGGCGUGGGUAGCGGAGGACCCAUGCUCUCCCCGCUGGUGUCCGGUGAAGAGUCCUGGAGCCCUCUCACCGAUUCCCCCAUCUGCCCCCCUUUAUCCCUGGUGUUGCGCUGAUUUGCUUCCCCAUCUGCGGAGCUGCCUCUCUCCCUGCUGGGCCCUUCUCCAGCAUCAUUUGAGAGCCUUCCCUCCGCCUCUAGCUCCGAUGUCAGUUCCCUGACAAGUACCUUGGGUUAAGAACUUUGCUUCAGGAUGAGAACAGAAAUCGAGCAGCAGUGGCGCGGCAGCAGCAGGAGGCCCCAUUAGCUAAAGUAGUGCUUCAGGUUAAGAACAGUUUCAGGUUAAAAAUGGACCUCUGGAAUGAAUUAAGUACGUAACUAGUGGUACCACUGUAUACCUUAUUUAUCUAAGAACACAGCUGGUUAUGUCUCGUGUGUUUAUCCUAGAAGCUGGCAGCAUGCAACAGCGACCACGCCCUGGGAAUGGCUUCAACUGGCCAGCUAAAUUAGGUGAGGGUAGCCGAUGGGUCUCAAAUCCUCAGUGAGUUGGGGACUUCCCAUGCAUGUGAAGACAGGCUCUGGCAGAUUGAGCAGAUGAGACCAAUAAUGGGUCCAACGUUCAAGAAGGCAGUUUCUGCACUUGCUGUAGAUCAGGGGUUGUCAACCUGGUCCCUACCACCCACUAGUGGGUGUUUCAGGAUUCUAGGUGAGCGGUAGGGGGUUCUAUGGCACAAGCUGAAUCCUCCAUCCAUCGAGCACUGAUGGGCGGUAAGGAAAUUUACCAUCAAGAAAGAUGCAUUAGUGGGUGGUUAGGUAUAAAAAGGUUGACUACCCCUGCUGUAGAUGGAAGUGAGGGGCAGAUGGGGCUUGUCAACCUGGGAAGGUAGCCCAUCUAGGAGAAGGAGAACUCUGGUUCUAAAUCUCCACCGCCUUGUGGGUUAUCUUCAGGAGAAGAAAAGUCAAAGGAGUAAACCCAACACAAAUCUGGAGUAGAGUCCCUAAGACGUUUGGCUGGUGCCUUGUAUGCCUCCUUCUGGCAACUCCUGCAGCCAAGCUGGUGCCGAACAUAUUGCUCUGCUUUCCUUUGGACCACACCAGCAAGGCCGAGAGGGGGGUCGUGUCAUCUGGGCAGCCCAGGGCCUCCAUACACACGGCUCAGGCUUUGGUGCUGCUAAUACAGUGGUACCUCAGGUUACAGACGCUUCAGGUUACAGACUCCAUUAACCUAGAAAUAGUACCUCGGGUUAAGAACUUUGCUUCAGGAUGAGAACAGAAAUCGUGCUCCGGCGGCGCGGGGGCAGCAGGAGGCCCCAUUAGCUAAAGUGGUGCUCAGGUUAAGAACAGUUUCAGGUUAAGAACGGACCUCUGGAACAAGUUAAGUUCUUAACCCAAGGUACCACUGUACAGUCGUUUGGCUUCACCCCCAGUAGCACACUCCAUUGUCUCUCAAGACAGACGGAUGCCAGCAACCUGGGGAAAAACAAUGGCUAGUGGAAAGCCCAUAUUUGAAUAGUAUGCACUUUGUGUUCUCUUUUCCACAAAAUACAUGCUCAAAAUGUAGAAGAGAAAUGUUUUGAUGUUUCCCAGUGCAUUUAUUCAUAAAAUAUGCAUUUUCUGUGCACAGAAAAGGUUGUACCCAAAGCUAAUCCUACUCAAAAUAGACCCAUUAAAAUGAAUGAACACAACUAACUUAGAUCCACUAAUUUCAAUGGAUUUACUCUUAGUAAAACAGAGUUGGAUUACAACCCAAACUCUAUUGCAGAUCUUGUAGUAUCUGACUGUGAGUUGUGUUCUGAUCUGCAGGCAGUUUUGGGAGCACUGGAUUGCUGUGAAAAGUUGCCUGAAUAAAUUCCUUCCCCAUUCCUAGGAGCGAUCCUGAUCAAAAUAAUUUUUGCAAACAUGUACAGGUGAUAGAAUAUGCAGGAAAAAAGAAACAGAAGUCCUGGAUGCUUAACUCUGAGCUGUGGACAAUAAUAGAAUAGAACAGAAACAAACAAACAAACAAACAGAAAAGCUUUGCAGUUGAACAGAGAGAUUUCUAAUUUUUAUAAAACAUUUGACUGCAGCCUAAGUGCUAAAUCUCUGCCACGAAUGCAAAAUGUGGUGCAGACUUUUGGAGUGCAUUUUCCAUCUGUGGGUGGGGGGGAAAUAACCUGAAAGAAGCGGGGUGUGCAAACCCAACUGUCUCAUGUUGACUGUCUCAUGCUGACAUUUUGGGGUGCUCCAUAAGACAUGAGGACAGCACCAUUGGGCCGAUGGGCUGGGGGCCCCCAGCAAAUGCCCAAACGUACCACCCUUUGCAGCUGGCCCCACUGAUCCCAGUGGUUCAGAACUAGGACCUCAGAAUAAGGUGAUUUUACAAGUUAUUCAACACGUGUGUGUGUUCCAGAGCACUGCCACUUAGCCUGCUGGCCGUUACAUUUUUUUCUGAUCGUCAAAAAAAAGUUUGCAUUUGCAUCUCCUCCUUUAAAGGGAUUUUAAAAGUCUCUGGUUUCCUUGCUGUCAGAGCAGGUUUUCCAUCUGUGUGGCUCAAUGCCACCCCCUAAGCUCUACACAAGGCUAUAUAAGAGACCCCAGCAGUUGGAAAACACUCAGAGCGGAUGUAUUUAGACAGGAGUCCAGAAGACGCAAAGAACUGGGAGCCUGGGGUAAGCUGCAACACUUAUUUCUCUUAGCACCUCAAACUUCUUAGAGCUUGACUAGGCAGAACAAAAUCUGAGCUUCUCCAUCAUUAAGUCCAUUUUUUAAAAUGGUGUGAGGUUGACUUUAUAUGCUGUUAUAUGCAAAAACCACUCACAUACAACAUGAUGAAACAGAGGCAGGGGUAGGAACCCGAAAUUCUAUUGCUGCUCGCUUGAUUUAGACUGUGCUUUAAUUUAUCUUGAUAAGUGGGAAGUUUCUUUAAGAACGGGUUAUAUAUAUCCUAAACACAUAAAAUGUGUUGUUGUUUUUAACCAUGGAACUGUUGAAUGCUUGGUUAAGUAGCAAGUUAGAAGCUUGUAAGAGGCAGUUGUGUCAGAGGAGCAGAGGACAAAUUGUUCUGCAGUGUGAAAACAGUGGAUUUGCAAGGCAGGUUCAUCAUGAUGCAAUGACUGGGAAAGUUGAAGGGACCACACCAGCCAGGACAGAACCUCUGAUUUAGGACAGGUUGUCCCUAAUUUAUUCACACCAUUAGGUCAGAGAAUUCAGGACUUGGAUAAAUUCCUCCCGAUUUUUCUCCAGCUAUCACUCAACAUUCAGAAUUUGAAAAAGGAGGGGAGCGUUAAUUUUCAAAGAUGUUCAAUAAAGAGCCACCGCCGUGAUCCAGGCAGCAUGAAGAGCUUCUCAUCUGGCGGAGAAAUGGAUGGAUGCGCCUAAGUCUCUGAUAUGAAGUCCUUUUGCUUUGCUUGGAAUGGAUGAUUCCCACCCCCCCUGCAAAAAACACCAAAACCAAAAAAAGUUCAGGCUUUAUUUAAUUGCAUUAAAAUGAAAUGUAUUGGCAAAUGUGAACAAGAGUUUUAGAAAGAAAGAAAGAAAGAAAGAAAGAAAGAAAGAAAGAAAGAAAGAAUUUUUUCAUUCAACCGUCUAAACUCUGUUUUGUUUUCAUCUUGGACAGACCUUCUUUAGACUUCAGAUGGAUUCCCCCACAAACAUAUUUACUUCAGAGGGAUCUGAAGGAGAUGUGUGGGAGGCAAUUGCAAUAGCAUAUUCUCCUCCAUUUCAUCUGUUUGCAACAAAACAAAACCGUGGGCCCUUCCAGGCUGUCACUAUUUUCGGGUGAGAUUUAAUCACAUACCAGCAAAUUUGGGUGGUUGCAGUUAAAGCUGAUCCAGAGCUCUUGCGUAACGAAACCUGCUGUGCCCCUAAAGUGAUGGUGAAAUGCACUGGAAUGUAUGGGGUGACAAUUGCUUGACACACAGUUGUAUAACCCACCCACAAACUUAGUGCAAACAAAUCAAGAUGAAUGCUUAGGUUGUCUGGAAGUGUUCCCAAUUAUAUAUGAUGUUCAAUUUCAAGAUUUCUAAAAAAACACAGGGUGACGCAUGUAGGGAUUUGGGGGAGAAAUUCAAAUUUAUGCCUGUUUAAAGUCAAACAUACCUGAUUCACUCUUUCCGAAACAAUACGAGAAUGGAAACAUGGGCAUCCUUCAAAAUUUGCACUUCUCUGAAAUUUGCAAUGUUGUCCUCUAGCCAAGUAAUGUGUACAAAAAUACGUAGACUGAGGUAAAGUGUGCAAAUAACUGCGCUAGUGAAAAUAACAUACAACAAUGCAUUGUUUCAGAGAAAAUUGCUUUGCAAAAACACUGGUGAAUUUCAUGAGGACUUUUUUUUUUAAUUAAUCACAAACUAAAGUGGAAAUGUGCAGAACUGUACUUAAAAUCAAGAAAAUGAGAAACUGAGAAAAAGGUGAAAUUGAUAAAUUCACCCAGCCCUAAUCACAUGGCGAUGCUGGAAAGUUAAGCAUAUUUACAAGAGUUAAGAACAUCAAGAAGUUUGCAAUGUUCCAUUUCCUUUGGGGCAGUUUUAUGGCUGAGGUCUUUUGUGACUUGCGUUGUUGGUGAGGAUGCUUUAACUCAGCUGUCUCAAACCUUGACUCCUCCAAAUGCUUUGCCUUAUAAUGUCAGUUGGGGCACCAGGUCUGGAAACAAUUUUUAAAUGUUUCGCUGCUUUAUAUACUUUUGAGUAUAUUGCACACUGCUCUGGGAUUAUUUUAAUGAAGAGUGAGAUAAGAGAUCUUUUAAACAGAUAAAUAAACAAAUGUCAAGCAGCAUUUUCCAAAGUGCCCCUAAAAUGUAUUUCUAACUUUGGAUUUGAAUUUUUGAAAACCUAACCAAAAGCUGGAUUUGAGCAAGGUUUUAUUACAACCCUAAUCUUAAUGUGUUGCCUGCUGCAAGGAUUCUACCAGGACGGUUUGCAUUCUGCAUAGGGAUUGCCUGCAAAUGCACACAACUCCUGACAUGGCAUUAGACACAGUAUUAAAACUCCUUAUAACAUCAGUUUUAAAAUAUCAAAGUUUCUAGACCUUGUGAACAUCAUGAUAGGCUUGAAGACAUGAGGGCAGUGCCUAGUGAAACUCUCCACAGUGGAGUUUCAGUAGGAAUCUCAAUGGCUGGGGGUUAGGAAUUCAGUUCCUGCUAGACUCCUUCCUUGCGUAGCUGCUUGGACAAUCUCAUAUUCUAUUUUGUUCGGGUGGAAGAGGAUUCAGUACUUAGUAACAGACAUUUUAGGGACAUGGGUGGCACUAUGGAUUAAACCACAGAGCCUAGGGCUUGCUGAUCAGAAGGUCAGCAGUUCAAAUCCCUGCGACGGGGUGAGCUCCCGUUGCUGGGUCCCUGCUCCUGCCAACUUAGCAGUUCGAAAGCACAUCAAAGUGCAAAUAGAUAAAUAGGUACCGCUCCAGCAGGAAGGUAAAUGGCGUUUCCAUGUGCUGCUCUGGUUCGCCAGAAGCGGCUUAGUCAUGCUGGCCACAUGACCCGGAAGUUGUACGCCAGCUCCCUCGGCCAAUAAAGCGAGAUGAGCGCCACAACCCCAGAGUCGGCCAUGACUGGACCUAAUGGUCAGGGGUCCCUUUACCGUUUAACAGACAUUUUAUUUUUGUAAAAAAAUCCUAAGACCAACAGGACUAGAAACUUGUAAAAUAAUUUGUAUAUUCUCUCAGUGCAAAUCAAAACAUGUAGCAUGUGCAUGUACACAUCUGUGUCUGAGGGCCCUGGGGAAAGGGUUUACACUUCCUCAUCAUUUCUGGCUACAUUCCUAUCUGAUUUGCGAGCGAAACUGGCUAUAACAAGGAUAUUUAUUUUCCUUAGCAUAUGUCUCGGAGGAUGUUCCAAUCUCAGGAGGGAGGAUUGUGUUACAGGAUGGAUAUGCCGUGGCCAAGCUCCGUUAUUUCAGCAUUCUUGAAUCAUUUCGGUUCUGGGGGCGUUUAAUCCUUUUAAAAGGGGGCCUCCAAUGAGAUUGCAAGAAGCCAUCAUCUGCAGAACAGAUUUAGUGUGGAAGCUUAAGUGGAUAGACAGAUAUGAAUACUGUCUCUGCUACACGCUUCCCUCUUGUUAUACUUGAGAAGUUAUGCCAGGAGUUUCAGGGCGGGGGGGGGGGGCGGAGAGGGGAAACAUCCACUCGAUUUUCCAAUAAGUUAGAGCAGGGAGAGCCAACUUCCUAAAAGUGCAGUCUGCUACGUCCUCCCCGGCCAAGAUACUCGGGGAACAGACCCUCUCUGGUGAUGACGUCACUGUCCCGAGAAAACAGCCUAAGAGGGUAUGGGUGGUUUUUUUCCGGGUGCUCCAUUAGAAGCCCUAUUUAUUGAGCAUUCAUCCAGAUUUGCUUACACAAAGCUUACAUGGAGGUUAGACUUUGGUCUUUAUUGAGCUUUCACUCUAAUUUGUUUUUUUGGGGGUGCGGUUAUACGACGUGUGGCAAUCACCCUCCAUUCAUCCUUAUUUGUGGGUGGAGUGUUUAUACGUCUUCCCGUUAAUCCUUCCAUUCAUCCCACGCUUUCCGGGGCGGUUACCCAUCACAGCUGUAUCCAACUAAAUUCUAAUCAGAGUAGACCCACUGAGAUGAAUUUACCCAUAUUAAUCACAUCUAUUAACUUUGUCAGAAUGUAAGAAGGGCUUGUUGGAUUGGGCCAAUGGCCCAUCUAGUCCAGCCUCCUGUUUUUUCAGUGGCCAAGCAGAUCCCUGCAAAGUCUCAAGAGUCUCAAGGUCAGGCUCCUGUUGAUAGACAUGUCCUCCUUUUCCACCAGUUGUUCCAUGCAGGAAGAUUAAACAUUCACUCAGACCAGAGGGGCACCACCUGAAUGCAUCCAAUCUGACUGGGACUCAGAUCCCCACGAGGAACCAGUUCUGUCCCUGGAGGAUGGAUGCAACACAGCGAUGCCUCCUGGCUUCCUUCAUCCUUCUCGGAGUGGCAGGCAUUUUCGGUGAGCAUCAAAGAUGAAAUUUUUAUUAUUUUGUUUUGUUUUAGCUAUCCAGGUCUAAGAAUGGUCUUCUUCAUGCAGCAUUUGCAUGCCCUGGAAGGACCAUCAGAAAAAAGCUCUGUUGGGUCAGACUAAAGGUCCACCAAGAAUUGUGCUGGGCCAAAACUUGCUCUCAAAUUUCCUGAAUGAAUGAUGCUUCUGGUUUUUUUUGCAUCUCAUUAGCAGGGCAUUUGAGAAGUCCUUUAUAACUUUGGUGGCUGUGAAGUAUAGAGCUUACCUUAAUGUUGCCAGGCGACCAGGCUGACCUGCCCAUGAGGCAGUAGCAGGCUGGGGACGGCUGGGAGUAGCAGGCUGGGGACGGCUGGGAGUUGUGGCAGAUCCAGCCCCCAAAGAGCAUGCCGCUCUCUGCCUCCUUUGCUGCUACCCCGCUUGCUCCUUCCUGUAUCAGCCCCACCUCCUUCAACAUGCCAGGGCUUCCCCUGGCUGUCUCCACUUGCCUAAGGCAGCAAUGGAAGUGCGGCAGGGGGUGGAGGGAGGAAGCAGCGGCAGAGGUGCAAUUUUCUGUUUUGCCUCAAGUGGCAAAGUGGCCUGGCCCUGCAGGUGGCCAAGGAUGGCAUGUGUUUUUCUUCCCAGUAAACAUUUCCCUCACACUUUGCAGCCUCCCUGGCUGCCUCUUGAUCUGAAAAAGCCCCAAUGGAGGAGUUGCCUCAGGGGGCAAACUGUUGCACAGGAGUCCAGGGAGACUUGUUUGCCAAGGCCAGAGAUCGGUGUGCUUGCAGACCUUGCUUUUAAGGAAAGUCAUUCCUUGUACCUUAAAAUAAAAUUCUGCAGGGAUUUCUUCAAAAGUGAAAAAGUAAAUGUGUUACUUGAGAACAAAAAGAGGUGCCCAGCAGGGAGUAGGAAUUCCCAGCCCAGGAUGCCAUGGGAUUUUCAGGAAACACCUGGGAAGGCUGUGGCGUGCAGACCAAUAAAAGGUACUCCUUGGUCACCUCAACAUAUAUUUAAAGGCCCCCCCCCAAUGAAUCCUGGGAAUUGUAGUUUGCCACUCAUGGAUCUAUAAUUCCCAGUACCCUUAGCAAAUUACAGUUCCUGGGGUUCUUUGGGGGGGGGCUUUAAAUGUACUGUGUAUGCACAGCCUAAAUGUAAGGGGGACACACACUAUUAAAUUAUUUUCACAUUCAGUUUCUUUAUAUUUUAUUUACAUACUUACUUACUUGUCACAUUUAUAUGCCACCUAAGGAGCUCGAAAAUACAUGGUUCUCGCCUCCAUUUUUAUCUCACAGCAACUCUGUGAGGUAGGUUAGGCUGAGAGAUCAUAGGAGCCAAGGUCCCUUCACCCACCCCAUAUAAUAUUUGUGGGGGCCGGGGGCAUUUGCCAUUCAAAUGGUGUUUGUGUGCUGCGUCUCAUGAUAGAUUAUUCAGGGCGGGGCUUACCUGCCUCCCCCCCCCCAAAUUUUAUUCAAGUUGACAUCCCUGUGACUUACCCAUGAGGACUUAAAUCCCCCCAACCAAAAAACUGAUGUGGAGAGAAUGGAACUCAAGACUGGGGGGAAAAAUGAGAAUGUGAGAAACCCAAACGGACAGAUUUGCUUGUCUUUUGCUUACACACACCUGCCUUCCCCUUGGGAAUGGCUGUGGUGGGUGGGUUAGGAAAGCUGCCCCCACCCUCAGAUCUAUGGCCUAAGGCAGUUGCCUCACUUUGCCUAACAGUAGGACCGGCCUUGAUGGAGUUGUGCUGGGAAUAGGAUGGGCCGAUUGCUUCUCUGUGGGCUGAAUUUCUGGCCUCCCCUGCGUGCCCCAACAACCUUGCUUGCCUUCCUCAGCGGAGGAUGUGUCUGAGGGGGCGGGAGGCGGGUUUGUCGUGGUUUCAACUCUGCAAGAGCUUCUGCUCAACAGCCCGCGCAGACAGCUGCCGCUUGGCACACUCAAGUGGAAACCGAAUUUGACAGGGAACAGACACAAAACCUUUUGUUUCCAAUCCCCAAACCAGCUGCUCUCUUGCCCCACAGGCUGGGUCGGCUGCCAUAAAACGAACCACUACACCAACGGCAGGCACCGUGAACAUUUGUUCUUUUGAAAACGCAUCUCGCACAGAGGCGCUGCCCCCCGCAUAGCAAUGAACCAGAGGUCCCAUCUACAUUGUGUGUUGACAGCACUUUAAACCUCCGUGGCUUUCCCAAAAGAAUCCUGGGAGUUGCAGUUUGUACAGGGUGCUGGCGGCUACAAUUCCCAGAGUGGUUUUUAGCACUCCCUCUUCCCAGCGAACUCUGGGAAUUGUGGCUCUGUGAGAGGAAUAGGGGGUGUCUCUUAACAACUCCCAGCACCCUUAACAAACUACAGCUCCCAGAACACUUUGGGACAAGACAUGACUGUUAAACAUGCAGGUGGGACUUCAGGUUCAUUGCUAUGCAAGGACAUAUUAUUCAUCUGGUGCCUUCAUUAUACAGUGGUACCUCGGGUUACAUACGCUUCAGGUUACAUACGCUUCAGGUUGCAGACUCCGCUAACCCAGAAAUAGUGCUUCAGGUUAAGAACUUUGCUUCAGGAUGAGAACAGAAAUUGUGCUCCGGCGGCGUGGCAGCAGCAGGAGGCCCCAUUAGCUAAAGUGGUGCUUCAGCUUAAGAACAGUUUCAGGUUAAAUACAGACCUCUGGAACGAAUUAAGUACUUAACCCGAGGUACCACUGUAUAUCUGUUCAACCAGGCCUUUGGCUGAUUAACAUCAGCCUUUUAAACGUGUUCGUGGGAGGGGAGUAUUAUUUUGUUGUCUUUGUUUUAACUAUUAAUUGUGCUUUUACCAUGUACUUUUAAUCUUGUGAACCACCCUAAGAUCUUGUGAUGAAGGAUGGUAUCUAAAUCUAAUAAAUGAUGAUAAUAAUAAUUGUGUGAGAUGCAUUUCACGCUAUUGUGUAACCCUCUGAGUAAUCAAGAAAACCUAAUGUGUAAUCAAAUCAGGGUGAACACUCAGUAAAUAGGUCAUCUAUGAUAUUAUUUUCAAAUCACAUUUUUACCUCACCUUUCCUCUAAGGAGCUCAAGGUGGUUCUCCUCCUUCUCCAUUUUAUCCACCCAAGAACCCUGUGAGGUAGGCGAGGCAAAGAGAAGAGAAAGUGGCUGGCCUAAGGUCACUCAGCAAGCUUUGAGGCUGAUGGAGGGUUUGGCCUCUGGUCUCACAAGUCCCAUGACCCUAACCACUAUACCACACUGCUCCGAAGUCCUUUCUUCAGUGCUGGCAACGGGAUCACAUCCUUCCUUGCAGUUAAGGGCAAGCAGUGCCAGGGACUCUACCUCCACAGGAAGGAAUUAGAAGAGGAGUUUAGCUUCAGCCAAGUCUGUGCAGCGACAAGCAAGCCGAGCCUACAGAACCACAAAGGGAGGUUGUAUCAGCCAGUCAUUUCCUCUCUUAACUUUCUGGAUUUUUCAUUUUCAUUCGAAUCGUCAUCUGGCUUCCUUUUAGAGUCUGGGAGUUGUUUCCCUUCCUCCCCUUAAUGCCUAAUGUCUUGUAUAGCACAAAAAAAAAUGGGAAAAGGUCUGCAGCAGACUAUACAAUUUUGCUCUUGCACCACGUUGCCAAAUGCUCACAAGCACCCCCUCGCCUCUCCUUUGCACGCACAUCUAUUGUGUGUGUGUGUGUGUGUGUAUGCAGAGAGCUCCACUUGGCAGCUGUUGUUACAGCUGUGAGGCUGCCCAACACUGUGGCCAAUAAGGCUUCUAGCAACAGAGAUGGCAGCAGAAUUGGGGCAGGGGAUGGGGCAAUCUUUCCACCCUGACACCUGCAGAGUGUCACCUUUGCAGGCCAGGCAGGGCCCAGAAGGGUCAGGAGAACACCACAAAUGUGAAGUCUUGGUGCCUGGGGGGUGGGGCAGGCACUGCCUCUGGGUGGAGGUCAUGGGAGGACAGCACUUUGGGGUGCUCCUUUGAAGAAUCUGGGUUGGCAUCUCAGAGACUCUGCUGUGUGGAGGACAGGAAGAGGAGCAGCAGCUGGAAUAUAUUAUCGAUAUGGCUAUAUUGAACAUGUCAUUUUAAUACCUUAGAUCGUACAGUGGUACCUUGGUUCUCAAACGUAAUCCUUUCCAGGAGUCCGUUCGACUCCUGGAAUGGUUCGAAAACCAAGGCGUGGCUUCCAAUUGACCACAGGAGCUUCCUGCAGUCAAUCGGAAGCCACAUCGGACGUUCGGCUUCUGAAAAACGUUCGCAAACAGGAACACUCACUUCCAGGUUUGUGGCAUUCAGGAGCCAAUUUGCCCGGGAGCCAAGCCAUUCGACUACCAAGGUACCACUGUACUUCUGCUGUUUUGUGUCAUAAGCCACUUUUGGUUAGAACAGAAUAGAAAAACGUUUAAAUGUUAAAUUGAAUCUAAAUGGCUAGUUGAAUCUAGAGCAGGGGUCAGCAACCUAAGGCCCAUGGGCCAGAAGUGGCCCGCGGAGAUCGUUUGACCAGCCCAUAAGCUGUCCCCAAACUAAGCUGCGCGCUUGCGCGCUGCGCUAAACCUAUGCAGUGCAGCGCGGGGACCCACUUCCACGGCGCUGAAAAUUGUGUCUGCUCACGCGCAGAUGCCAAAAAUCACUCGCACACAUGCACAAUCCGGCCCACAGAGGGAUCUCCGUGGGACUGAUCCGGCCCAGGCAAGAUAAACCCUGCUGACCCCUGGUCUAGCGGGUCAAAUAUGUCUCUCCAUUUCCCCCAUAUCCUGUUUUUUCCCCUUCUGUUUAGAGAGUAACAUGGGCAACUAAAAAUUGAGAUCCGAGACAGUGAGCACUUUCAGGCAGGGAUCCCCCCCCCAAAAAAAACCCCUUUCCAUGUUCUCUAUAAAGAAGCCUGUGCACUGAUGCCAUUAUAUUAAGGGAGUCGAUUUCUGGCUCUUUUUGGCUCUAACUAAGGCUCUGUUUGAGGCAGGGCUGAGUCCCAGAACCUAUUUAGGAUGCUUUGGAAUAUGUGAACCUAUGGACAUGUACAAGGGAUCCUUAGUAGGGCUGGAAAGAAAUUUUAUUCAGGUUGCAUUUCAAGGGAAACCUGUAUGAACUUUCUGAAACAAUCCGUGAACCAAAAUUUGCGCUUCUCCCAGUUUUGCAGUGUAAUUCUCCAGCCGCAGAAUGUGUACAAAUGUGCACAUGCUAGGGCAGGGUGUGCACAUAAUGUUUAUAUUAUAGUGAGCAGAAAAAUCAUACUAAAAUUGUAGCAUUGUAGAGUUGGAAGGGACCCCGUGGAUCAUCUAGUCCACCUGCAAUGCAGGAAUAUAAAGCUCUCCAAUACGGGAAUCAAACCUGCAACCAUGGCAGCACCACCCUCUAACCAACUGAGCUAUCCAGGCUGAGCCCUAGGUAUUAUACUAGGGAACACUGCUUUGCAAAAAUGUGUAUAUAAGGAGAGAUUGCACCUACAAAUAUGUACAUUAGGAGAGACUGGUAUUAAAAUGCUGGUGAAUUUUCAUCAGGACAUGAAACAAAACAUUGCAAACUAAUGUGGAAACGUAGAGACCUGAACUUAAGGCUGGAAAAAAAUGAGAAACUUUGAGAAACAAAAAUUUGAAAGGUUCACCCAUUCCUACACUGAGUAACCACAGUGUCUCUACACAUCAGGAAUUGAAGCGGACAUGCACAUACAAAAUUCCAGCAUCACAAGGAGCAUUGAGGACUCCCAGUAUGUAUUCUCUAGAAACUAAUAGCUGGGUAUAAUAGAAUUUAUGCUACUGUUAUCACUUCAAUAUGUUAUUUUCUCCAGCUGGUUUGAUUAUGUUUUUCUCCUGACUUUUCUCUCCCUGAGGCGAGCGAGUUCUAAAGCAAUCAGUCAGCAGGAUCAAGCCAGGACAGAAACUGUACAACCCUCUGAUCAAACGCGGUCCAGACAGUAAGUCAUUUCCCAUCUCUAGUAGUUUUGUUUUAGGAAAGAGGGAGGAUGUCUCGGACUUUGCCAUUCCUUUAAAAAAAGAGAAUGAUUUAAUUUACAACAGAUCCAACCAGUUUGUCUCCACGACUUUCUUCAGUAAUGGAAAACAUACUAAGUAAGUCCUGCCACUGCUGAACAACUUUUGGCGAGCAGCAAAAGAGAAUCGGCCUGGCUGCGUUUGCUGGACAGCGAAAGUCAAACAUAGAACCGCAGCCCAUUUCAAGGCCGGUCCUGCCAAUAGGCAGAGAAGGCAGCCUCCUCAGGCAGUAUAUGCUGGACUGGCGUAAGGAGCGGUGGCAGCACCUGGUCCAUUUAUUCCUCGUGAGAACAGAAAGGGAGCCUUUCUAGAUCAUGCCCAAAGCCCACCUUAGUCAAGCAUUCAGUAGCUACAAAAAGGUUUGGUGGGGGGUGAGCAUAGGUCAAAGCUUAGCCAUGGUAAUUGCUAUCAUUUCCCAGCACCCAGAAAGUUGGAACUCCCUGUCUAUUGACAUCUGGUGGGUACCUUCACUGUGCUCUUUUGGAAUGCCUGCUAAAACGUUUUUGAUUAGGCAAGCCUUUCCAGAUAUGUGUACGGUGGAACCUCGUGUUACAUACCGUCCUCCUUACGAAUGCUUCAGUUAACGAGCUCCGCUAACCUGGAAGUACAUGCCCCUAGUUGCGAACUUUGCCCCAGGAUGCGAGCGGAAGUCGCGCGCCGGCGGUGCGGCAGCAGCAGGAGGCCCCAUUAGCUAAAACGCUCCUCAUGUUAAGAACGGUUUCGGCUUAAGAAUGGACCUCUGGAACGAACUAAGUUCGUAACCAGAGGUACCACUGUAAUGUUGAUAUGCUUUAAUCUGGUUUUUAGCUUAUCGUUGAUGUUACUUAUUUUUAGAGCAGUGUUUCCCAAACGUGGCUCUCCAGCUGCUUUUAGACUACGGGUCCGAUCACUCCUGACCACUGCUCUUGCUAGCCAGGGAUAAUGGGGAUUGUAGUCCGAAAGCAGCUGGAGAUCCAAGUUUGGGAAACACUGUUUUCAGAGAUUUUAAAUUGUUGUUUUUAACUGUGUUUUACGGGUAAUUUAGUUGUUUUAUUCUUUUUUGUAAACUGCUGUGAGGUUGUGGGUUGCUUUUUUUAAGUAAUCAAAUGCUAUAUACCGUAUUUUUUGCUCUAUAAGACUCACUUUUUCCCUCCUAAAAAGUAAGGGGAAAUGUGUGUGCGUCUUAUGGAGCGAAUGCAGGCUGCACAGCUAUCCCAGAAGCCAGAACAGCAAGAGGGAUUGCUGCUUUCACUGCGCAGCAAUCCCUCUUGCUGUUCUGGCUUCUGAGAUUCAGAAUAUUUUUUUCUUGUUUUCCUCCUCCAAAAACUAGGUGCGUCUUGUGGUCUGGUGCGUCUUAUAGAGUGAAAAAUACGUAAAUAAAAUAAAAAUUGAGGAUUGUGGGGCAGAGAGUGAAAGAGAGUGGCUUACCAAAAGGGUCUAUGGCACAAGCGAGGUUCAAACCAAGGACUUUCUGAUCCAUAGAUCAGUCUCUUCGUCAGUAUACAAUACCACUUUCACUAUGUAAAGUGAUUCUGAAUAUGUCUAAGAGCAAGUGGAGGAACCGGGGAAGCUGGCUUAUGAAGCCUGACCAUCGGUCCAUCUAGCUGAUUAUUGUCUGCACUGAUUAGCAGUGGUUCUCCAGGAUUUCAGGCAGAGGACAUUCCCAGCCCUAUCUGUAGAGGUCAGAAAUGGAACCUGGGACCUUCUGCAUGCAAAGCAGAUGCUCUAACACUGAGCCCUUCCCUGCAAACUUUCCAGUUUACAUUGGAUUAAGAAAAUAGAAAAUGAAAGCUGAGUAGACAGUUAACCAAUCAAAGGGGUGAAGAGAAGGAGGGGACAAAUUAAAACAGAGCUGAAUUAUAUACAUACUAGCUAAAAACAGCUUUUUGGAGUUAGAUGAGAUCCUGCAAGGCUGUGUCAUAUGAAACCUCAUUUAAGAGACUAUAGGUCCAUCUGGCUCCACAUUAUCUACACUGACUGGCAGUGACCAGGGCCUCAGGCAGAAGACAUUCCCAGGUGACAUACCUGGAGAUGCAAGGAUCUCAACCAAGGAUGAGGAGCUUCUGUCUGCAAAGCAGAUGUCUCAGCACUUAGCUAUGGUCCUCCCAUCAGUGUCUUUUCCAAAUCAUGUUUUCCAUCUUGCUAAGCUAGGGGGUUUGUUAAUUCUAAACAAUAAAACUGAUGGAAGACAAGAAGGUUUCCAGGUACGUGAGAGGCACCCUGCAUCCUUCUCUGUUAUCCAGGCAAUGUGAGAUGGACCACUUGGUUUAACAUUGACCACCCUGGAGGCAAUGGGGAUUACGAGCGCACAGAUGCCAUCCGCUUCUACUAUCGGGACAGGUUGUGUCCCAGGCCCAUCCGCAUCGAAGCCCGAACGACAGACUGGAUCCCUGCCGCCAACACAGGCCAGGUGGUUCACUCCAAUGCUCAGGAGGGAUUCUGGUGCCUGAACAAGGAGCAGCCUGCAGGGCAAACAUGCUUGAAUUAUGCUGUGCGUUUCCUGUGCCCCAGAGGUAAGUGCUCACCUGAUGAAGAGAGCACAGCAGAGGUUAUAUUUUCUGAGAAUCCUCCAGAAAAACAAUCUCUCAAAGGACCUGUUGAUGGCAUUUUACCAUUGUACUGUUGAGAGUGUAUUAACUUAUGGUCUGUGUGUGUGGUUUGGGAGCUGCACCGUCAGGGAAAAAACAAUGCUGUCCAGGGUUGUAAAGACUGCAGAGAGAAUAAUUGGGUGCACUCUUCCUACUUUGGAUCAAAUCUAUGCUUCCAGGUGUCAUAAGAAAGCUGCAGAGAUAGUGCAGUGUGCACCCCGGAAAUGAUCUCUUUCAGCUUCUGCCUUCUGGAAGAAGGAACAGGGUUAUAAAGACUAGGACUAGCCGCCUGAGAAACAAUUUCUACCCAAAUGUGGUUUUGGUUUUAAACGCAGUAUAAGGUUGUCUCCAUGGGAGUAUAUUGUAUUUAAUUAUGGGGUAUCAGAGUUUUUAGGGGGUUAACCAGGCUGGGAUAGCUAGGCUAGCAGGCUUGUUGGUUUUUGAAUGUCUGUAGAUUUUUUUCAGUUUCAUUGUUCUGUAUGGGUCAAUGACAAUAACGAUUAUCGUAUUGUAUCAUAUAAGAAGGGCCUGGUCACUGGAUCAGGCUAGAUGUAGUCCAACAUCCUGUUCUCACAGUGACCAACCAGAGGCCCAGUGGCAGGAACUGGCUGCAACAUCAUUCUCCCCGCUUGUGAUUCUCAACAACUGGUAUUCAACAGUAGAGGCAGGCAGAGCAUAGCCACCAUUAGCGUUACCCUCCAGGAAUUUGUCUAAUCCUCUUUUAUGUUGGGGUGUGAAUAGAUGCUAGGAGAGGCUACAUUUAUUAGAUAUUAUCCUUCCUUCCUCAUGUUUGUGAGUUCAGCAGAGUGCCAUCCCUUUGCAACUUAAAAGGGAAGCAUAGAUAGGCUAGUUUUUUACUUUUAGUUUAAGCAAUCCAGGAUGCUUUAAGGCAGACUGGAUUCUCCUAGUAUUUCCCCCUUAAAACAAUAAUUGCACAAAGUCUUGUAAAAAGGUAAAAAUGACAUUUACUCACUCAGAAUGCUUGUUGGAGAGUAACAGAUACAGCAGCUUUGUUCGGACUUUGUUCAGGCUUAAAAUGGUAAUUCUGUUAGAAAGACAUACUUUAGCCUAGCUUAAGAUGGUGUCUGAACAUUGGAGCUCAAAUGCAGCAAAUGUUCUCAAAUUUCUGGCUUGGUAGAAAGUGACAAAGAAGAUGAUAUGCCUAGGCUGGUAGGAAAAUAUGUAUAGCUCAGGGCACAGAGUUCUCUCUAGCAAACUUACAGGAAAACUCUGUGAGAUUCAGCUCCUAACAUGUGCCUGUCUAGCAAAACAUGAAUUGAUGGUUUGACUGCACUUUAAAUACCCCCAUUUUAAAGCCACCCAAGUGGAUGGGCAUGACUGGGAGAUUUCCUAGUGAGGGUCUUUGCACAAGCAGGUUUUGCCCAAGGAGAAAGUAGUCUUCCUUGGAAAGAUUUAUGGCCAAGAUAUGCUCGAGAAGAUGAGGUAGAGAAGGCUAAUUCUAUUAUUCACUAAAAGCACUCUUUUUAAAAAAGAAAGAAAUCACUGUAAGAGAAAGGCCCCAAUUGUUUUAUUUUGGACGCAUGAGGCCAGACCUCAGUAACACAGCGACAAUCUUGUUGCCAGACACUUUACCUCAAGAUUCCAAAAUGUUAUGGUCUUCGUGGUCAACAUGGAGUGAAUGUUCUGCAAAAUGUGAACAAGAUGGUGUCCAGACUCGGACCAGGACCUGCCUUGCAGAAAGCCUUCAGGAGCCACACUGCAAAGAAGUGAGCGAGGAAGGGCGACGCUGUGCUGGACCUCCUUGCUCAGGUGCCCCCAUAAAAUUCUAAGACUGUGUUAUGGGUCAACUGUACUUGCAUAUUACCCCCCCACACACACACCUCAAACUCUUACCCCCACAAUGCCUUGUCUAGCAUCUUGCUUGAUGAAGAGAACUCAAAAGCUUGUCACAAUUUUGUGAGAGUUUGGUUGGUCCUUAACCAACAAGAGGUGUUGUGGUCUGGGGUUGAAGACCCAUUGCUGUUUCGGCAACUGGGUCCCAGAAGGGUCCCUCCCUCCAGCAUACUGGGGUCACCCAACUGGCACGAAAGGGGAGCUUCUUGGCCACUGAGAUGAAGUCUUCCCACCCUUUCUGCUGAUUGGAACCAAUCAGAGUUAAAGGAGGUGAGCCAGCCACUGAGGAUUGGCUCCAAGGGUCACUCUAGAGAAAGAGAGUGGGAAGAUCACCGAGGAGCCAUUGUUUUUAUGUUCCAAAGCUAAGCAUUUAUGAACACUGAAAACACAAGGUGCUUCCGUUUCAAGGGAAUGGUAUGCAAGUUCUGUUAUAUACAAUGGAACUUCAAGGAAACAUAAAUUAAGUCAGGCAGAAAGAAUAUAUUGGAGGACUCCAAAUCAUUUGCCCGCAUUAUGUCAACAGAAAAUAGAUCUUGAUGAAAUGCAACCAAUGGAGAUCUGCAUUGAUUGUUGUAAUGCAACAAAUAUUAUUGUUGUAGAAUUAUAGCCAUAUUGUAUAUUCUCAGAAUUUUGUAUAGUCUUAGAAGGGGGCAUGGCUGUGAGGAGGUAUGGCUGUGUUUGUCAUGGAAGGACCCUGCACGUCUGAAUUUGCCACUACACUACUGCUAACAAAGGCAUUGCCUAACUGUGGAUUUUGGAGGAAAGACUGAUGACGACUGUGGUCCUUUCAGCUCUGUCUAGGGAUGGGAGGGAAAUUCAAUUCAGUUCACUUUUAAAGGGGAAUCUAUCAAAUUCUCACUUUCUCAAACAAUAUGAGAACCGAAAUACAGCCACCCAAAAUUCACACUUGUCAGAAUUUUACAGUGUGGUUCUCCAGUGACUGUUUACUAUUAAUAUUAAUAAUAAUAAUAAUAAUAAUAAUAAUAAUUUUGUUAUUAUUGUUGUUGUUAUUAAAUUUAUAUCCCACCCAUCUGGCUGGGUUUCCCCAGCCACUCUGGGUGACUUACAACAUAUAUAAAAAUACAACAAAACACCAAACAUUAAAAAACAAAAUAUCCUAUACCAGCAACCAACAAACCAAUAAAUCAAUAGAAACCAAUAUAACAAUAAUAACAAACAGUUUACAGUUAUACCCAAAUUAAAAUAACCACAACCUUAACUAAACAUUUAACUAACACCAAUCUGACAAAAACAAAAGAGGAACCAAAAUUAGAACCAUUUAAAACAUUUUAGCCAGUUGCCCCAACCCUAGAGUUGUUCCAGCAUUGUCCCAGGAGCCUCUUUUAGCUGUUCAAGGUGAGUCUGGGCUCCACCCCCUAGGCCAGGUGGAAAUGAGCCCUGUAGCAAGAAGCAGUCUUCCUUCCAGCACUCAUUGCAUCAAAUACAAAUAUUAGUGGAAAGUGUGUGUAAAAAUGAACACAUUAGUAAAACACAUUUUUACAAUCCUUGCAAAAAUGUGUACAUUAGUCAGUAAACUGCAAGUAAAAAUGUGUUUAUUAGGAUAAUUCUUUUCUUCCUUCUUUUGGGGUUGUCUCCAACACCAGUCAUACUUAGAGUAGACUUACUGAAAUUAAUGGACACACCUAACUUAGAUCCAUAAUUUAAGUAGGUCUGUAACUUCAUUGGAUACAACCCUUAAUUGUGCUGGUUUCAGAGAAGACCGUGUACACACCAUACAUUUAAAGCAUAUGUGGUCCCCCAAAGAAUCUUGGGAGCUGUAGUUCACCCCUCACAGAGCUGCAAUGCCAAGCAGCCUUAACAAACUACAGUUCCCAGCGUUCUUUGGGGAGUACUGUGUUCUGUGUGCAAGCUGUGUACGUAGUCAAAUAAAAAAAUGAUGUGAUGUGUCAUAACUGGCUGUUUUCUCCAUCCCUCAGUUUGCAACAUGACCUGCUCCAUGGGCCAUGUGAAUGCUGAAUGUGACACCUGCAUGUGCGAGGAACACCUGCUUCGUGGCAAAGUCUCCUUGCAAGGUGGUGGCCCUGCAGUCGGUGCGGCCGUCUCCUUGCAAACCAAGCCGACAAAACUAUUGACAGUGACUGACAGCAAUGGGGAGUUUCAGGUUCCUGGCGUGUGCCUUGAUGGCAAAACCGCCUUGCAGAUCAAAAAGCCCAAUUACAAAACAGCUUUGGUCAUCGUCCCCGAGAGUUCCGGACGUUCCUCAUCAGUCCACAUCCACUUGGAAAGAGCAGGUAAACAAAGUCUGUUAACAAGCAACUUUGGUGCAAACUGUUCAAAGGGAUGGGAGCCACACUCUUGUUACCUGCCACACACCUGAGCUCACAUAUGACAUCGAGGGUGGAGCAGGUGGCUGUAGUUUGGGGGGAAAUGGCCUUGUGGGUUUAAUUAGGUUGGCAGGCCUGAGGUUCUCCAGGUCUGGAUCAAACACAGGAAAUGGUAAAUCCAGCUAUGUAAGCCAACUCAGUGAGGAAUAUUUUCUGCCCCUAGAAAAACCGUACAUGGUGACGCAUCCCGAGAGCAAAGCCAGGAGAGAGGGACAAAGUGUUUCUUUCUGUUGUCAGGCUGUUGGAGACCCGGUACCUGACCGAUACUUUUGGUAAGUCCUUAAAGUUCACACAGGCAAAGUGUGUUCCUUAAUAGGUUAUAAAAACUGCAUAAAGCUAUAAUUAAGUCAUUACACUAAUGCCACAGUCUUUAUUUCAUUAAGCUCCCACUGACAUUAGUUUUGUUCUAAAGCAGCAAAUGUAACCACGUGAAGCGGCACCUUUUACAUUACAUGGAAUUGAAUGUUGUGACUCCCCAACAUGGUUUUGGGGCUGUUAAAGGAACACAAAGCAACCUGCAAAAGGAGGGAUGUUUUCUGUCCCAAAAUCAACAUUAGCUGCUACCCGCCUUGGUGCUUCUGACGUGUGUAGUUAUAAAAGUAAUUGCCCAUGUGGAAAAUUGCAGAUGGGAAAGCUUUUGGAGGGGGGAAAUUGUGAGCCCAGAACAUAUGGAGCCUCCUAAUAGCACUAGAAUAAACAAUUCUUUAAAUAGGGUGGUGUUCAGCCAAGAUCUAAUCAGCGUAAACCACUAAAAUUGGUUGAAACGAAGAUCAUGGCCACUGGGCCCAUCGCCUCCUGGCAAAUAGAAGGGGAAGAAAUGGAGGCAGUGAGAUAUUUUACUUUCUUGGUCUUCAUGAUCACUGCAGAUUGUGACAGCAGUCACGAAAUUAAAAGAUGCCUGUUCCUUGGGAGAAAGGCGAUGGCAAACCUAGACAGCAUCUUAAAAAGCAGAGACAUCACCUUGCCAACAAAGGUCCGUAUAGUUAAAGCCAUGGUUUUCCCAGUAGUGAUGUAUGGAAGUGAGAGCUGGACCAUCAAGAAGGCUGAUUGCCAAAGAAUUUAUGCUUUUGAAUUAUGAUGCUGUAGGAGAGAGUCCCAUGGACUGCAAGAAGAUCAAACCUCUCCAUUCUGAAGGAAAUCAGCCCUGAGUGCUCACUGGAAGGACAGAUCAUGAAGCUGAGGCUUCAAUACUUUGGCCAAGAAGACUCCCUGGAAAAGACCCUGAUGUUGGGAAAGAUGGAGGGCACAAGGAGAAGGGGACAACAGAGGAUGAGAUGGUUGGAUAGUUUUCUCGAAGCUACCAGCAUGAGUUUGACCAAACUGCGGGAGGCAGUGGAAGGCAGGAGUGCCUGGCAUGCUCUGGUCCAUGGGGUUACGAAGAGUCAGACACGACUAAACGACUAAACAACAAACUCAGUUCCGUUCAUUUCAAUGGGUUUAGUCUGAGUAAAGCCUAGCUGAAUACCAACCACAAUAUUUAUUGACAAUGACAAUUUUUAAUCCCGCUUUUUAGCAAAAGAGAGAGAGACUUGCAGAGUGGCUUGCAAGUCAGUUAAAAGGCUUACAAAAAAACAAAAACACAGUGCAAAAGGAAAAUGGAUUGGGAGGGAGGAAGAGAUAGGCAAACUCAUCUACAAGUUGAAAGGUUACAAAUUGUUCUGAUGUCCAGCUGGGAUGAAAAAGUUCAGGAAGAGGAGGCAACAGAAGUUGAUGUGCUGAUGGAGCAGUCCUGCUUCUUUCUCUUCACGCAUCUGCUGCUGCCUGGUGGAAUGACUGCUGCCAGGUGGCAACUGAUGGAGGGAGGAGUCUGGGUGAUGAACCCAUCACCUGUCUUGUUUGUCCCAAACACUUGGUUCUUAGAGGUAUACUGCUAAUUUCUUCACAUUAUUUAUCUACUAUAUAUUUUGGAAUGUUGUUUGUUUGUUCGCUAUUCAUAGCGAUACUGCUUAAGACACCCUAACCAAAUUUUGCACAAUGGUUCUUCCGAUCAGGAAGCAGCUUUUUAUGUUUGGAUGCAAUUGGACGCCAUUUUGAAUCACAAUGGCAGACCCGACCUUUCAAAACUGCACUGAUCUUUUGGGUUUCUUAGAAUUCCUGAGCAACGCCGAGUACGAGGCUGCUAUUGAUUCGAUAAACUUUUAUCACAGAUCUCCCAUUAGCUUUCCAUUGCCAGGGUGGGGAAAGGGAAAUCAUCAAGACAGCAGACCUGGAAAAUCCACAAAAGCAAAGAGAGGUAGAAAAAUGUUAUGUACUGAAGUUCUCACCAUGGGCCAGCAGGGGGAUACUGUAGAUAGUUCAGGUCCACAUAUGCAAAUAAGGGAUCGAAAGUGACGUUCAGUGAUUGGAUAAUUACAGAAAAUGGUUACUGUUGCGUUCUAGUGGAGCUCUAUAUAAGCAGGCUGGCUGAACCCUUCAGUUCAGUUCUGUUCUGGCCUGUGAAUAAACAAGAGCUGUUUGAAGAAUCGCUGUGUUGUCUGAUAUGUUCACCCACAACUUAACAAAAAAAUAUAUCUCUUUGAUUCUAAGCCUUGAGUCUUCCCUUUCUGAAAAUACUACAGGUACCAUAACGAAACCUUGCUAGACCCUUCGCUCUAUAAGUACAAAAGCAACCUGGUGAUAAAGAACUUGAAAAUGGACCAAGCUGGAGAGUAUUUUUGCAAGACCAGCAAUGAUGCAGGAUCUGUGAAGUCCCGAGCAGCCACACUUUCUCUAACAGGUAAGAAGCCAUUUUUGGAGGGGCAGGGAGGCAGAAGUGGUGGUGGACUUCAAAUCUUCCCUAUUCCUUACUUAUAGUGUAUGGAAGCAAGUGGGGCAGUCCCAGUGCACACCCACACCACAGAGUGGAAGUGGGACUGGACCGCUUGGAGGGUCCCCCCCCCCACUCCAAUUAAGCAGUACAGUUGUACCUUGGUUCUCAAAUUUAAACCGCUCCGGGAGUCCGUUCGACUCUCGAAAUGGUUUGAAAACCAAGGCGCAGCUUCCGAUUGGCUACAGGAGCUUCGAAUGUUUGACUACCAUGGUACCACUGUAUAUACAUUUUAUAAGAUAAAUUAAUUAAUUAAUUCAAGCAAUGGAAAUUGCCUUCAUGAGGCAAGAAAGGAUGCGUGGAUUUCUAUAGUUUGUGUUGAUUUCACAGAUGUCCAUUCAGAAGUCUGUUCAAUUCCCCCUUUCACACGUUGUUGCCAUUUUUAAAAAAACCUACACAACAUUAUUUUAUCUUAGUGUAUGCAUUUCUAAAUGCAUAUCCUAAACAAUAUUUUUUUAAAAAUUAUUUUGGCAUCUAUUUAUUUUUUAGGAGGCAACUGUUUUGCAAAAAAACAAAGUAGUGCCAUCUCAGCUUUUUUUAAAAAUGAAAAAAGGUAUCUGAAAAGCAGCUGCAAAUAUUCUGCCUCUAUUUUAUACCUGACAUCUAUAGGGUAAAAACUGUUGCUCAGCUGAACUUGGAACAAAUGAAACAUUUAGAAACAGGAGAGAAGGAUGGAGGGAAGCAAAUUGGAGUUCUAUGGCGCCAUAGCAGCUAGGCCCCAUGGCAAACAGACCUGAAGUAGGUGCCCCUUUUGUAAUCUGGCUGCCAAGCUGCACUCAUGAUGGGACAGCUGUUCUCUCCAUCUAUAAUGUCCAGGACUCAGUCUAUGUCUCUCAGUCUCUCCUAUGCUGGCAAUUUGUAAAAACUGUUGUCCCCACCACCACCUCUCGUGCCAUUUGGCUACUUGCAAGGAUUGGUGAAGCUGUCAAAUUUCAGUUUCUCAUUUUCCCAACCUUAAGUUCAAUUCUCCAACAUUUCCACAUUAGUUUGCUUGAAAACAACGACAGCAAGUUCAUGAAAAUCCAUCAUUUUUAUGCGGCUUUUUCCUAAUGCACACAUUUUUUUAUGCAAUUUGCCUAAUAUAUAGUGUGUUACGAUGUGCUGUUUUGACAAAUGUGUGCAUUGUUAUGUACACUUUUCCCUAGCUGGUGCAUUUUUUUGGUACACAUUACGUGGCCAGAGAACUGCAAAUUUCAGAAAAGCGUGAAUUUUGAAGGAGUGCUGUGUUUGGGUUUGCUUAUCAUUUGGAGAGUGCGAAUUACGCAGGUUUGCCUUUAAAUGCAAACUGAGUUGAAUUUCACCAGCUUAGCUCUGUUGGUAAGAAUGCGGUGCUGAUAACGCCAAGGUUCGAUCCCCAAAUGGAUUGCAGCUGCACAUUCCUGCAUUGCAGGGGUUGGAUUAAAUGACCUUUGGGGUCCCUUCCAACGUUACAAUUUGAUGACUCUCCCCCAUUGCUAGCUACUUUCCAGAGAAAAGUUCUUCACUCAAUGGACACCCAUGUCAUUAGUAUCCUGUGUUAUUCGGCCCUUAGUUACAUGGGUUCAGAACUCUCACUUUUUGGCUUGAACAACAUUCCUGCAUAAGGGAAGACCCUGAACUCUCACAGAAAUGGCUGCACAAGAAACUAACAUAUGAAAUCUAUUUCAACAGCAAAGAAUGAAGCUCCUUGCAACCCAAGGCCUGAGAGCUAUCUCAUCCGGCUGCCACACGACUGCUUCCAAAACUCAACAGGCUCCUUCUACUAUGACGUUGGCAGAUGCCCAUCCAGUGCCUGCUUUGGGAUGUUGGAUAACGGCCUCCGCUGCAAAGAUGUUGCCGCUUACUGCUGUGGGGUCUCCAGAAUGGAGACACGAGAAUUAACCUGUUCCGGGUACACACUUCCCAUCAAAGUGAAUGUGAGGUGCGGCUGUCAGAAGUGCAUUGAAGCCAAGGUGACGGUGCGAGGAAGAGCCGUGGCUUCCGACACGCAAGAGCCCAUGAGGUUCGGCCAUAUAUACAUGGGGAAUAACAGGGUGAGCAUGACCGGCUAUAAGGGAACCUUCUCCAUUCAAGUGGCACCCAACACAGAGAGGCUGGUCCUCACGUUCGUCGAUCGCCUUCAGAAGUUUGUGAACACAACCAAGGUGCUGCCUUUCAACAAAAACGGCGGGACCGUCUUCCACGAGAUCAAGAUGUUAAGGAAGAAUCCACCCGUCACGCUGGAGUCGACAGAGACCAGUGUGAUACCUCUGGGAGUUAUGGAGGGAGACGACCCGAUAGCCGAACUGGAAAUUCCCCCCAAUACGUUCUAUAGACAGAACGGAGAACUCUAUGCUGGGAAGGUGAAAGCCAGUGUGACCUUCUUGGACCCAAGGAAUGUCUCUAGUGCAGCCAUAGCACAAAGCGACUUGAACUUUGUAGACGACGAAGGCGACAUGCUCCCUCUGCGGACGUAUGGCAUGUUUUCCAUGGAUUUCACGGAUGAAACCUCCGCCGAAACCCUCAACGCAGGGAAAGUGAAAGUCCACCUAGACUCCGCUCAGGUGAGGAUGCCAGAACAUCUGAAGGGAAUGAAGCUCUGGUCUCUGAACCCCCAGACAGGCUUAUGGGAAGAAGAAGGAGACUUCCAGCUCGACCAGAGAAGGCGCAGCAAGCGAGAAGAACGGACAUUUCUGGUAGGCAACAUGGAGAUAAGGGAAAGGAGGCUUUUCAACCUUGACGUCCCAGAGAGCAGGCGGUGCUAUAUCAAGGUGCGCACUUACAGAAGCGAAAGGUACAUGCCCAGUGAACAAGUUACGGGGGUGGUGGUUUCCGUUAUCAACAUGGAGCCCACACCAGGCUACUCAACCAAUCCUAGAGCAUGGGGCCGCUUUGACAGCGCUGUCACUGGCUCCAAUGGCGUUUGUGUGCCCGCUUUCUGCGAUGACCAAAACCCAGAUGCCUACAGCGCUUACAUCAUGGCGAGCCUCGGAGGGGAGGAGCUUGAAGCUGUCCCCUCAUCUCCAAGGCUUAGUCCUACUGCUGUUGGAGUCCCGCAGCCGUAUCUCAAUAAGCUGAAGUACCGGCGGACGGACCACGUGGAUCGUAACGUGAAGAAGACCGCUUUCAGCAUCAGCGUGGCAAAGCCCACUCCGAACGCCGCCGAAGAGAGCAAUGGCCCCAUAUACCCUUACGAGAAACUUCGAGAAUGCGAAGUGGCUCCACAUAGUGCCGCUCACUUCAGGUUUUACAGGGUAGAAGGAGACAGGUAUGACUACAACACAGUUCCUUUCAACGAGGAUGACCCCAUGAACUGGACAGAAGACUACUUGGCCUGGUGGCCUAAGCCGAUGGAAUUUAGGGCUUGCUACGUCAAGGUGAGGAUCAACGGACCCCUGGAGGUGAAUGUGAGGUCUCGCAACAUGGGGGGCACGCACCCACGGACAGUUGGCCAGCUGUACGGCAUCAGAGAUGUCCGUAGCAUCCGUGACCAAGAGCGACCCAACAUUUCAGCAGCGUGCCUGGAAUUCAAGUGCAGCGGCAUGUUGUAUGACCAGGAACGUGUUGAUCGGACACUGGUGAAAAUCAUCCCACAAGGGAACUGCUACCGGGAGAGUGUCAGCAGCACACUUCAUGAGUAUCUGGUGAACCACCUUCCCGUCGCGGUCAACAACGACUCCAGUCAGUACACCAUGUUGGCACCUCUUGACCCUCUUGGUCACAACUAUGGGAUCUACACAGUUACAGACCAGGAUCCCAGGACAGCCAAGGAGAUAGCUCUGGGAAGGUGCUUCGACGGAACAUCUGACGGUUCCUCGAGAAUUAUGAAGACCAACGUGGGCAUAGCGCUCACUUUCAAUUGUCAAGAGAGAGAUGCGCAACAGCAAAGCUUGUUCCAAUCCCUGCGCAAUGUGCCGAACAGGUACCCGGUGAGCCCUCUCAGAGGGAGGGUAGGGGUAAGAAGGUCAAGCGAAAGCCGUGUUGGUCAGAUCAGGGGGAAGGGCAACCCCUUUGACAGAGUUCCUCAAAGAACCCAAUAAGAUCUUAUAAUCCAACGCGAUCCAGCGCGCACACACAUCAAUUUUGGGGACAGCAUCACAUGGACGAUAGUACAGCAUUUUUUUAAAACACUGAUUUAUGUGGGGAAGCCUCUACCCAUAUGAAGUUCCUUGAGUCCUUCAACACCUUUUACUAACAUUCAGAUCUCAUCCUAGGAAUGCAGUGAAAUCCUUAACAAGAUAAAUAGCAAGCACUUGAUUAGAACAUCUGAUAAAACCACAUUGGCUGCCUCUGGCUUAAGCAGUAGCACCUCUCAGUGAAGUACUGUCUGAAGAGACCUCCGGGUAUAAGACGGUAUAUAAAUUCAAUAAAUAAAUAAUAAAAAAAGAAGAGUGUAUGCAGGACAGACCAGGAUGCACCAACAAGAAGGCCCUUCUCUCACUGAUGUGCUCCAAUCCCCCCACCACUUCCUUCCACCUGGAUUAAAUUUUGCAUACCUCUUAAAAAGGGAAUGAAUAUUUGCAGGUAAGCUAGCCUCAGCCCAUAUGCUUCAGCCCAAAUUCUGCAUCACUGGCAAAUCCUUUCUUUGAAAUUUUAGAACUUACAACAUUUAAUCAAUACCAGUACUGAAGAUUCCCUCUUUGAGGAAGGUUGCAUUUUAAGAGUCUCUGACCAAAUGCAGCUGAAGAGUUAACACCUAAUCUAUGUAAUUAUGAUCUUGUUUUUCAGAAGAAUGUUUAAAACUGUAAAAAAAUGUUCUCUGCAAGGGUGGAAGAAGCUAUAUCGAAUAUUUUUUAAAAAUGUACAUAAAUUCUUUUUCUGAUAAGUGGCUUUGGCAGCCCCAUUAACAAAUGAUAAAUAAAAAGGAAGCUAUUCCUUCAUAUUGAAUCUACAGUAACUGUAAGACUCUGUAAAUGUGAACAAUGAUAUUUAUUUCUGUAUUUGCUCUGC